UUUGUUCAAGCGCACUGGGACGACGUCGAGUCAAUCCGCGAUCUCGGAGCUCUCAAGAUGCCUUACAAUAUUGCUAUGGUUAGCGAUAACUUUUUCCCACAACCUGGCGGCGUGGAGAGCCACAUGUAUCAACUGGCUAGCCUCAUUGAUCGUGGGCAUAAAGUGAUCAUUAUCACUCACGCAUACCCCGGCCGAACAGGCGUUCGAUACCUAACCAACGGCAUCAAGACAUACCAUGUCCCCUUUUGGACCAUAUACCGCGAAACCACCUUCCCCACCGUUUUCUCAUUCUUUCCCAUGUUCCGCAAUAUCGUCAUCCGGGAAAGGAUCGAGAUAGUGCAUGGACAUGCCAGUUUGAGUAAUCUGUGCCAUGAGGCAAUCCUCCAUGCUCGCACCAUGGGAUUAAGGACGGUCUUUACCGAUCACAGUCUAUUCGGAUUUGCCGAUGCGGGAAGCAUCCUCACAAAUAAACUUUUGAAGUUCACUUUGAGUGACGUCGAUCACUGCAUCUGCGUUAGCCACACAUGCAAAGAGAAUUGUGUUCUAAGAGCCGACCUGGACCCGUCCAUGGUCUCUGUUAUUCCCAAUGCUGUAGUAGCAGACAACUUUCGCCCCCUUUCGCAAAACGAAAUCGACUCGCAAAAAACCAGCGCACCGGGUGCGCCACGACCUCUCGCACCCACAGACGAUAUAACCAUAGUCGUGAUAUCGCGACUAUUCUACAAUAAGGGAAUUGAUCUGUUGAUUGCCGCCAUACCUCGCAUUCUGGCAAACCAGCCUCAUGUCCGCUUUCUUGUAGCGGGUAGCGGACCAAAAGCCAUAGAUUUUGAACAGAUGGUCGAGCGGAAUGUCCUGCAAGACCGGGUGACUCUGCUCGGUCCAGUGAGACACGAACAGGUCAGAAACGUUAUGGUCAAAGGACACAUCUACCUCAAUCCUUCGCUGAUGGAAGCUUUUGGCACAGUCAUAGUUGAAGCUGCCUCCUGCGGCCUCUAUGUGGUGUGCACUCGUGUCGGCGGCGUUCCUGAAGUUCUCCCCUCCCACAUGACCGAAUUUGCCGCUCCCGAGGAGGAUGACCUGGUAGCAGCUACUAAUCGUGCUAUCGCGAAAAUCCGAUCUGGAAAAGUGAGAACAGAUCUAUUUCAUAACCAGGUCAAGCAAAUGUACUCCUGGACAGAUGUUGCGCAGCGUACGGAAAAGAUUUACGAUGCCGUCAGCACUACCCGUAGCCUGGCACUCAUCGAUCGCCUGAAGAGGUACUAUGGAGUCGGGGUAUGGGCAGGGAAAUUGUUUUGCAUGUGUGCUGUGGUGGACUAUCUGCUCUUCAUCUUUUUGGAAAUUUUUGCGCCGAGAGAACGGAUCGAUAUAUGCAAAGAUUGGCCAAAAAAGGCUCUCAACCAGAAUGCCAAUGUACCAGAAAAAGGUAUACAUAGGAACGAAGGGAUGUUUCGAAAGAGAAGUCCUCGCCGUCGAAGAAGAAAGGCGCAGGAAAGCGAAGGAAAUUGA